AUGGCCCUGCCGGUCUCGCGGCGGCGGCGCGCGACACCACCUCCGCCCAACUGUCUGCCCCCUCCUGCGGUAGCGCCGUCCCCGCCCAACUGUCUGUCCCGUCCCGCGCCCCCAAACCCGUGCCAGGAUCAUGUGGCUGAGCCUCCAUCCGCACGUACGCAGCCGCAACCGUCUGUCUCGUACUUGAGCAUCUUGCUCGGCACUACAACACUCAAGGACACUGCCACUUCCUCAUCCUCCCCACAGGCUGUAGCUGAGACCCCGCCACCCAAGCCAACCAUUUAUGUCAAAGACCCUCCUGAUUGGUACUUCAGUAUUUACAUCAGGAUCGAUCGUUCAGGAUCUUUCCACACAUAUCCUCAUCUCGGUGGACCAUUCAAGAGCUUGCAGGAUGUUGAAAAGGCUAUUGAGCGCUAUCUUGAUGACAAGCGGCAUAAAACGCUGUGGAACGAGCAAGCUGGGGAUUCUGGGAUGGACAUCAUUAUAAAAAAGGCUCUUUACUGGCCUGAUGGCAGAACAAGGAAAUGUUCAGACAAGCAAGUAUAGUGGAUUAUACCCGUGAGCAAAUGAGUUUAAUGCUUCAGGCUUUACUGGACAAGUAUAAUGAGGAUCACAAUCUUGUUGGGAUCUCUCUCUCUCUCGCUUUCGCAUCGUUAUGUCAUGUUUCCUUUGUUAGAUGUGUAUAGUUCAUUGUGUACAUCCUCAUUGUAUAAGGGGUCUUUUUGCACU